UACGACUCGUUUGGAUUGGCUCCGGGGCUGGCUAGCAGUGGUGAUUCAGGUGGUAGUGGUGUGGCAGCCAUAUUAGAACUAGCCAGACUCUUCUCAAAUUUAUAUUCCAAUCCUUACCAUAAACCCAAGUACAAUUUAUUAUUUGUAUUGACUGGAGCUGAUAAUUUCAAUUAUUUUGGAACCAAAUACUUCAUUGAGGACAUGCUUGAAGAUGCAGAUAAUUAUCUUUUAAGUGAAGCCGACUACACGCUAUGCCUUGAUGCCCUCGCUGGGGGGUCUGAUAUUUUUCUACAUGUUUCCAGACCCCCCAAGGAGGGGACUAAAGGACAGGAACUAAUGGCCAGAAUGAACGAAUCCCUGUCAUUAGUGGCAGGUCUUUCCAGUGUGACUUUGAAUCAUAAGAAGAUUAGGAUUGGUGAUGAUGCUUUAGCUUGGUCUCAUGAGAGGUUCUCACUCCGUAAGGUCCCAGCUGGCACUCUAUCACACUUCUCUCAUCACUCGGACAUCAGAAGAAAAUCAAUGUUCCAUACCAGUACUGAUGUGGAUGGUCUCAGUGCUAGUGUCCAGUUGAUUGCUGAGUCAGUGGUGAGACACAUACUGCCUGAGAUUAAUGAGAUGGAUAGCAACUAUACCAGUGGAAUUUUCACAGGUCAAAUGUCAGUACAUACUGAUAGUCUUCAGUCAUGGUUGGAUUAUUUAUCUCAAACUGGGCGGUCCCAGCAAUCUUUAUUAAAUAAGGAUCAUCCAUUACUGCUCAGUUUACAGCAGACACUAUCAAGUUAUGUUCAUGAGGUAUCAACUUUCACUCAUAAACCUGAUAAAAGUGAUCCAGAGUUUGUGAUAUACACUCAGUCAGUGAGUAUCAUGCACUCAUACAGUGUGAAGCCAGCAGUACUUGACCUAGUGUUAGCGAUCAGUAUAUUGUGUUAUAUGGGAGGAGUCUAUCUGUUAGUAAUGUAUUUUUCAAAUAUUAGUCAACUUAUAAAUGAAGUUAAGUAUAGGGUGAAAGCUAAGAGGGAUUAGUUCAGUACACUCACUGUACCAAUGUAUGAGUAUUGAACAAUGGAUGAGUAUGAUCUCUGACUAGUUUGUGUGUCUUGAAUCAAAUCAACAAUUCUAUAAUUAAUAUUAUUAUUAUUAUUAUUAUUAUUAU